AAAGCUAACAACGAAAACUUUUAACUUUCGAGCAAUAUUACAAAUCUCCAAAGAUUUCUUAGAAUAUAUCUAUCGCGUGAGCGACGCCAAUUUAUCCGUAGUUUGCUUUGUGAUGUCACGUAAGCCGGGCAAUAAUUUUUCCCAUUCAUUGAUAUCUCAAGACAAAUAUUACUGACAGAGUUACUCUUAACUUUGAUAAAGGAAAAAAUGUAAAGUACAAAUAUUUGAAGACCCCUCUUUCCACUGUAAGUAUGAAUAACGAAAGCGAGGCUAGUAGAUUUCAAAGACUUCUGGGCCAAUCAGCUUGCAUGUUCAGCGUCUGGCUGCAAAGCAACGGCUUGGGGUUUGUGAAGAGUUUUGUGCUGUUGUUUUGAUCUUAAUCCACAACUGCGGCGAAAUUUUCAGCAUUAAGGAUGGCUACAGAGAAUGAUUGAAUUGAAUUUGUUGAUGAAAGGGCAUUUCUAGACCGGUACACUGAUGAUGACAUCAGAAGGCCGCAAGUCUCCUGUUCAUGUACACGUGGAUAGAGAAACGCCUGUUCAUGUCCAUCUCAAGAAAAAGAAAAAGGGAAAAGCUGGAGUACCGACAGCAGUUGAGCAACGACUAAAGACUAAGAGACUCAGUGGUUUAGCAAAAUCUUCUGGACAAAGGAAAGCUGUCAAGUCUUCUUCUCCACCUUUUGUUCCACCUCCUGGAAAGACAUCAAAGAGACCAUUUGCUUGGGAGGGAUCUUCACAUCGUCUGGAAAUUAGCCCUCCUAGAGGUGGAUCCCUAAGGAUGGAAGACCUGUCUACCUCUGAGGAAGAGGAAGUACAUGGAAAGAUAAGAACAUAUGAGAAAAAAAUUGGCAGUUUGAUGUCAGAAGUUGGAUCUCUGAAAACUGAGAUGGAUAUCCGUAGAGCAAGACAAGCUGUAGAAAAGAAAGAUGAACAACUAGAUGCCUCUAGAAGAAUACUUGAAGCACAGGAAGAUGAACUCUUUGGAUACAAGCAAGAGUUAAAAGCCACUGUCAAGGAAAAUGAGGCCCUGCGUCAUUCAGUAGAGAAAUGGAAAGAGGAUGCCAGUGUCACAAGGACCGAGGUGGGAAAGCUAGCAGGGGAGAGAGCAGCGUUGUUAAAGAAACUCGUAGAAGUAGAAAUGGAUGGCAAGGCUGCUGGUGAACAAAUGAUAAAACUUAGAGACACUGUGAGGAGACUAAAAGAGGAUAAACGAAUGUCAGCUGCUGACACUACACUGAUGACCAGACAGAGAGAAAUGUUGCUACAAAAGCUGGAUGAGUUUGAAAGGACUAAUAAAGCAUUGAGAAGACUGCUCAGGGAACAACAGGCAACAGAGGAAGAACAUGAUCACCUAAGAAAACAACAAGAAGUUCUACUUAAGAGACUCACGCAAUCUGACACCACAAAUGAGCGUUUACAACUUGAGGUGACAGAAAGAGACAGACAGAUUGAAACUUUACUGGCACAAGUGGAAGCCGAUAAGGAUCAGGCUGUCACAUUUGAAGAACUGAAAAAGACAAUGGAAACCACCCGGGCUCACCUUCAGAAUCAGCUUCGCUCCAAAGAAAUGGAAUGCGGCAGACUAUCAGUACAGAUAAGAAGCCUUGAGGAUCAGUAUGAACAAGGCAGACUUGAAUUAGAACACAUGCAGGGAUUAAUUGCAGCACAAAGGGAAAAGAAUGGCAGAGAAAAAGAAGCACUCAAAAAAGCGGCAAGAAUACAAAAGGAACGUGUUAGUGAAAGAGAAAAAGAUUUAGAAGUACUCCAAGAAAAGCUUGCUGAACGGGAUCUCGAACUGAACGAAACAAAGAGAACAGAAGCAAGUUUAAAAGAAGAAAAGGGCGACGCUGAUCUUGAGAUUAAAACAUUAAAAAGUCGCGUCAGGGAGCUGCACGAGUUAGUGGAGACCACCGAGAAAUCAGCCCAGAGCAACAGCGAGACUCUCACCUCAAAACUAAGCACGAGAACACAGGAAGUCAACAUGCUCAGAUUGGAAAAUGAACAACUCAAGGCUGAUAUCGCUGCUUUAGAAGAGCGUCUUCACGAAGAAGAACAGCGGGCCGUCAGUAAGAUCGACAAAUAUCGGAGGGAGGCUGAAGACGCAAAGAACAGGUUGUACGAAUACGAGGCUGAUGCGCAAAGAAUUCAACAGGAGACCGCUCUAGAGAAUGAAAAGGUUAAAAUGAAAUUACACCAAAGGGUUUCUGAGCUGGAACCACUAGCAGAUCUACUAAAGUCCUCGGACGUCCGUCUACAGGAUUCCCAAGAGAGGAUGCUGGCGUACGAGAGGCGAUCCAAUGAACAUACUAAACUCAUAGCUGAACUGACCCAGAAGGUCGAGAUGCAAACAGAUCAGUUAGAACACCUGCGCGAGAAGCUGAGGAUGGCGCAAGACGAGACAAGAAGCAUGCAAGCCAAAAACGAAGUCUUAGAAAGAAAAUUAUCCGAUUCUGAUCAGCAGAAUAGAGAACUUAUCGGUGUGAUCAGCAAGAAAGAGGAGGCGUUAUAUCAAACGCAGCAAAGGCAAGAGGACCUCCGAGCAGAAAACAUUCGACUAAACCAACAGCUGGAGUCAUCUGUACUUGAAGCCAGAAGACAGGUGGAUAGUCAAAAGGAAAAGGCGCUAGUCAAGGAGCGUGCUGCGCAAGCGCGUAUCACAGACCUGGAAUCUCAGCUGAGCCGAGCUACCGCGUCAGCGGCACAACUUAAGAGAAGUAAAGACGAGGCGGAGCGGAGGUACAAUUCGAAGCUUUACGACAUGAGGGACAGGCUAGACCAGGCCAACAGCACAACACGGAGCAUGCAGAACUACGUUUCCUUCCUGAAAUCGUCCUACUCUAACGUGUUUGAUGAACUCGAGUCGCCCAGAUGACCUACAGAAUAACUAGCUAGUAGUUUGAAAAUCUCACCGCGGGGGAACUGUUUUCAUUCGUAGGGAAAAGAAGUGUAUUUAACUGCAGUUUUUUCCCGCUUUGUCGCAGAGAUCUCAUUUUUCCAACUCAUUUCGUCAUCAUUUGUGUUCGUGUAAACUGUAUAUACAGCUGAAAAAACAUUUGUUUAUCUUCAUACCAGUCGGUAAACUCAACCUGUUCAUACUUUUCAUAUUUUACUUGGUAUUUUAUUACGCAUUUUUAUAUAUUUAUUAUGACUUUGUCACUUGCAGACAUCCUCCAUAACAACGGAUGUAGACUGAAAACAUUUUAUUUUAUACAUUUUUUUUGAAAAAAUAGGUCUUUCAUCAAAGUAUGGGCAAGUCUUCGCUUGGUCUUGUGACUCGAGAUAAAGUAAUUUUUGCAUUAAUUUUUUAAAAAAAUCGAAUUGAUAGCUUGGAAAUCAUUUCACGGGAUGAAUCAUGUUAUCAAGGUUUAUCUACUUCCAAACCCUGCAUUGACCACGUCAUGAAACCAUGACAGAGUAGUUAGUAUUUUUUUAUACAUUUAAGUAACCUGGGUGUUUUUUUUUUUUACAAAGAUGAUAUUUUUGGAAGAAUAUUUGUCUCCGGCCGAAGCACAACUUUUUGUGUUAGCCGGAACUAAAUCGCUUUUCUCCGAUCUACAACAGAGGGUGCAAUUUGAAUCAGGGUAUUUUUAACUGAAUCAUGUUCUCUAUUCGGGUAUUUCAGGAAUAUUAUAACAGAAUUCCCAAAUAUCAGAUGGUUUGACGCACGAGCUAAAGGGCAUGUUACUUCUGAUUGAAGAAUCGUUAUGCAUUGAUUCGUCUGCGGUCUUGGUUCAGGCAUAAAAAUUGUGAACUUUUUAAAAAGGCAUUUAUGCUUCUUGAAAAAGUGAAUUAAAGCAAUGGUAAAAUCAGUCUUUAU